AAUUGACUUAGUUUCGUACAUGAAGGGUCGCUGAAGUGUAAUACGGGUCAAAUUUAAUUUAAUCUUCGAGUUACUGUCGCUAUUACAUUUGAUUUGACACAAGUUUUGAAUCUUUUGCAUGGUUGUGGCGUGUCGUAAAAUCGCUUUCUGUCCACGUACAUUCAAAAAUGAAUACUCAUCUCUUCAGUUUUUUAUGCGUAGUGUUUUUAAUUGUGCUAAACGUGAAAUGUUACUAUUACGAAGAACAGAAACCUAUUUAUUUAACGGCAUCGGUCGGUGAUUACGUGAUUUUUAACUGCAACGUCGAUUUUCCGCAAAGCAUCCCCAUCCCCUACAUGCUCAACUGGAAAAAAGACGGGAAGACAAUUUAUUCAUGGUACAAUGGGGUGAUCACCUCAAUGGACCCAUUUGUGGGCCGCGUGGACCUUCUCAACCCUUUAAACCACGCUGAACGUCGAUACGGACGAGGUUCCGUUAAUUUAACAUCGAUUCGAGACUCGGACGGGGGUUGGUACGAGUGUCAGGUCUUAUUUCCCAACAGAACCCCCAGUUCCAGGAACAAUGGUACUUGGUUCCACCUUACAGUCAAUGGUGGAAAUUUACUCGCGAUCCCUCCAAUCAACCAAACAACGCUGGAAGGGGAUGAAGCCAAAUUCGUAUGUUUGGCGAAGGACCCAGAACUGAAGGUUUAUUGGUACAAAGAUGGGAUUCCCUUGCGGGAGUAUCAAGACCUAAUGCAACGGUCGUACGUUACGAAAGAAAAUACUCUCGUUAUAAGCCCGACAGAUAUGGGGGAUUUGGGCGAAUACGAAUGCGAAGUAAGGAAUGUGGAUGGGGAAAAACAAACUGCCAAAGCGUUCCUGAACGUACAAUAUAAAGCGAAGGUUAUUUUCGCCCCGCCUGAAAUCCACCUGCCCUAUGGUCGUCCAGCUUUGAUUGACUGCCAUUUCAGGGCAAACCCACCUUUGACCAACCUUCGUUGGGAAAAGGAUGGGUUUCUCUUCGACCCAUACAACAUACAGGGUGUUUUCUACCGACGGAACGGUAGUUUGUAUUUCACCAAAGUUGACGAAACACACAGUGGACGGUACACUUGUACCCCAUUCAAUGAUUUAGGCACCCAAGGCCCCUCACCCCCGAUCCUUGUAACCGUCCAACGCCCCCCUAUUUUCAUAAUAACCCCCCAUAAUUUAUAUUUGCGAAAACUAGGAGAAACGAUUGAAAUGCCAUGUGAUGCCCGGGAUGGGGAAAACGGACACAAACCAAUAAUAGUUUGGUACAAAAAAGACGGAACGUCCCUACCAGUGGGCCGAUACUCAAUAAGAGACGGGAAUUUGACGAUAAUUAACAUCCAGGAGGAAGAUAGAGGGUUGUAUCAGUGCUCUGCGACUAACAAGGCGGCCACUAUUACCGCAGAAACGGAACUAUUGGUGGAAAAUAUUCCCUCAAACGCUCCAACAAAUCUAACAGCGAUUUCGUCAAGUUCUUCGGUGCAUUUGACUUGGGCCCCCGGACGCCAAAAAUCGAAUGUUGAAUAUAGCGUCUGGUACAAAGCUGUGGAGGGUUCAGAUUGGAAAACACACCAAGUUUUGUCGUCUAGGACUUUGGAAGCGACCAUCACUGGUCUAAACUCUGGCAAAGAAUACGAGUUCAUGGUGUUGUGUAAGGACGACAACGGCGAUGGCCUUUUUAGCAAGUCAGUGCGAGUGUGGACCAAAGGCUUGGACGGGGAAACAGACAAGUUUAGAGGCAAUUCUUUCCCCCCUGUGGGUUAUCCCAGGAACAUUUCAGUUUAUCAAACGGAAAACGGUUUUAUGGUGACAUGGGAAGCGCCUGAGUAUGGCAAAGAAAACCUCAAAUUUUACAUUGUGAGGUGGUUUCAAGGCCCUGAAGAUUAUCUCUUCGGGUCUGCAGAAACCCGAAAUACGUCAUACUUGUUAACAAGUUUGUCCGAAGGUGUCGAAUACAACAUUCAAGUCGUAGCUGUGUCUUUCGACGACCAACAAUCAGUCAGUGAAAGAAUUACGCUGCUUGUGCCCGGUUAUAAAAAAAUUCGGGCCGUUUCAACUGGGAUUAUAACCGGCUUUGCUUUCCUAGUUGUGGCAUUUGUUGGAGUCUAUUACGCUCGGAAAAAAUGGUGCAGUUCCUAUUCGAAAAAUGUAAAAGGAAGUAAAUAAGACGAUCGUUCCGUUCAUUGCAAUGUUAUAAUUUCAGUAAAAACAAAAAAUGUGACAAAAAUAUUGUUAUAAUUAUUGGGGAUAUCGAACGACACUACCAAAUGUAAAAAGAAUAUUAUGUUCAUGACUCGAAAAUUGUUUUGAGUUAGUAAGUAGGUAUAUUGUAGCUUAUAUUUGUUUUUAGAAAAAAUAAAGGUUUUGUUUUUA